AACUACGACAACCACCACCGGAAUUGCCACCGGAAAAACCUUCAAGACGGUCAAUCACCCAAUUCCGAACUACCACAGUUCAAGCUCAACAAAUUGCAAACAAGCUCAUCAAGUUUCUCCAAUGGCCGACAAUCCCAAAAUCCCACAACCUACAAAUGUACUCCACGGAAAGUACGAGCUCGGCCGCCUCCUCGGCCACGGCAACUUUGCCAAAGUCUACCACGCCAAGAACCUCCACACAGGCGAGAGCGUGGCCGUGAAGGUGGUCUCCAAAGAAGAAGUGAUCAAAACCGGCAUGACCGAGCAAGUGAAGCGCGAAAUAUCGGUCAUGAAGAAAAUGAAUCACCCCAACAUCGUAAAGCUUUACGAAGUCAUGGCAAGCAAAUCCAAGAUAUACAUAGCCAUGGAAUACAUUCGCGGCGGCGAAUUGUUCGACAGAGUCGUCAAAGGCCGACUGAGAGAAGACCUUGCUCGGUCUUACUUUCAGCAGCUCAUAUCGGCCAUCGAGUUCUGCCACAGUCGCGGAGUCUAUCACCGCGACCUGAAGCCGGAGAACCUCUUGUUGGAUGAGGAUGGUAAUCUCAAGGUGACCGAUUUCGGGUUGUCUGCCUUAUCGGACCAUUUGAAGCAAGACGGGUUGCUUCAUACGUUGUGUGGUACUCCGGCGUAUGUUGCGCCGGAGGUGAUCGGAAACAGAGGAUACCAUGGAGCUAAGUCCGAUUUAUGGUCUUGCGGUGUGAUCUUAUUCGUUCUUCUUGCUGGGUAUUUGCCAUUUCAGGAUCAAAAUGUGGUGGCCAUGUAUAGAAGGGUGUGUAGGGGCGAUUUCAAGUUUCCGACGUGCGUCCCGCCGGAGUCUCGCCGGAUUAUUACUCGACUGCUCGACCCGAAUCCGAUGACUAGGAUCACGACGUCUGAGCUCAUGGAGACGAGCUGGUUUAAGACAAGAAUGUCUAGAAAUGUGGGUGAAGAUGUUGAAAAGAGUGAAGACCAGUGUACUGAGACUUUGAAUGCAUUUCAUAUAAUUUCUUUGUCGGAGGGGUUUGAUUUGUCGCCGUUGUUCGAGGGGAAGAGGAAGCAGGAGGAGUUGAGGUUUGCGACGGCGAGUCCGGCGAGCAGCGUGAUAUCGAGGCUGGAGGAGGUGGCGAAGAGAACGGAGUUCAGGGUGAAGAGGAGUGAGGGGAGGGUGAGGCUGCAGGGAAGGGAAAGGGGGAGGAAAGGGAAGCUGUGGGUGGCGGCGGAGAUGUUCGCGGUGACUCCAGCGGUUAUGGUGGUGGAGGUGAAGAAGGAGGGUGGCGACACCCUUGAGUACAAUCAGUUUUGCAGCGAGGAGCUCCGGCCGGCGCUCCAAGAUAUCAUAUGGAGUGAGAAUUCAAUGACUGCUUAAAAUGUCUAAUAAUACUUGCCUGCUUACUUAGUAAGAAAGGGGUGAUUAUGUGUCUUUUUGUAAUAUAUUAAAAUAAAUGAAGAAAAAUAAUUUAAGAGGUUACGAGGCAAUGGAUAAGUUCUGGAGGUUAGGAGGCAAGUAUUGAACCUAGAAAGUUAAUUGCUUAAUUUAUUGAUAUUUAUUGUCUUUGAAUUUUGUAACUUCUCUGUUUUAAUAUAGUCUUAUUGUACACUGUAUAGUCAAUUAAGGUAAC